AAAACAGCGCCCUUCAGCACACCGGAUUUAUUUUGCUCCAGUGCAAGACCUUUAAGGUACAGAGUAGAUGGCCCAAGCUUUCUUAAACAUCAUAUUGCCAAGCUCUCCAGACGAACACCCCUGCGCCCAAGCUUCCCAGCCAAUCAACCGCCAGCCAGAACUUUUCGUUCAACGACGGGCGAAAAAAUCUCCGGGAUUCACGACGACGAAGACGGAAGAGAACCAACACGGCCGUAGCCACCCACAAGCUCACCACCUCGAACCUCUCACUUCACAAUCCAGAUCAAAAUGUCCGUCUCGUGCAGAUACGCCGCGCAAUCCUGCGUCCGCCAGCUCCGCACCACCGCCGCCAGAACACCCCUCCGUACCUCCUCCGCCGUGGCCCUCCAAAGGAGAUACAACUCAACCGAGACCAGCCCCAAGAUCUCGGCCAUCGUCGACCAGAUUAGCCAAUUGACCCUCUUGGAGACGGCCGACCUUGUUGCGAGCUUGAAGUCCCGUCUCAACAUCCCCGACCUCCCCGUCGGUGGCUUCGCUGCCGCCGCCGCCCCAGCCGCCGCCCCCGCUGCCGUCGAAGAAGCCGAGGACGCCGCCCCGGCCGCCGCCGAAAAGACCCUCUUCUCCGUCAAGCUCAUGGCCUUUGACGCCGGCGCCAAGCCCAAGGUCAUCAAGGAGGUCAAGAACCUGCUCGGUCUCUCCCUAGUAGACUCCAAGAAGUUUGUCGAGAGCGCGCCCAAGCUCAUGAAGGAGUCGGUACCAAAGGACGAGGCCGAGAAGAUUGUCGCGACGAUGAAGGAGUUGGGUGCUACUGUGGUGAUGGAGUAAGGAGGGGAAGUGGGGGAUUUGGGUUGUUUGAAAGAAUGGUUUUGCUAUAUCUGACUGGGAGGGGAAGAGGAGAGGUUGGAUGGGUUGGGCAAGACCAACAACAUGUGUGAUGAUGUAUUAAAAAGAGAGAGAGACAGAGAGAGACAGCCCGUGGCUUUAUUGCUGCAUGUACAAAAGAGAAAGAGGCAUGUAACAUUACAACUGAUUAUACC